AUGGAAGCAGCGGCGGCGGCAGCAGUGGCGUCGUCCGCAUCUGCCUCGGCUUCCGCGGGCCGGUCGCGCCCAUCUACCAGCGCCGCCCAGGACACCACUAUUACAGCUGUGCAAGCUGGAGAAGAAAAUGCUGCCUCCCCCUAUGUUUUAUCUGUUAUUGACUCGUUAAAAAAGAGGAUUACCGCAGAUCGUUUGACUUACAUUAAGAAUAGGAUAGGGGAGAAUAAGACUAAUCUCAGCAGCUAUACACAGAGGACUUACAAUUUAUCAAAAAAUAGGCAAAUUAAUACAUUAAAGGGUACUGAUUUAGCAUCAAAUUUGCUCACAAAAAGGCAAGAUGAUGCGCUAUGCACCCUUCAUAGUUAUGAUAUUAUUCCGGUUGACAAAGAUGGUGGCAAUUUUCAAGAUGAAAGUCCUUUCUCCUCAUCGAAAGCUAUUUUUGGUGGAAAUCUUGGUCCCAAGAAUGCUAUUAGACCAAUUAAAUUACCAGAAGUGCCAAAGCUUCCACCUUAUACAACAUGGAUAUUUUUGGACAGGAACCAGAGGAUGACAGAAGACCAAUCUGUACUUGGUCGACGGAGGAUUUACUAUGAUACCAGUUGUGGCGAAGCUCUAAUUUGCAGCGAUAGUGAAGAUGAAGCCAUUGAGGAUGAGGAGGAAAAAAAGGAAUUUAAACAUUCUGAAGAUCGCAUUAUUCGGAUGACAAUUCAAGAAUGUGGCAUGUCUGAUGCUGUACUGCAAACGCUAGCUCGAUACAUGGAGCGGGCUACUGAUGACAUAAAGGCCAGGUAUGAAAUCCUGCAUGGUGAGAAAACUAAGGAUUCUUGCAAGAAAGGGACUGAACAUAAUGCCAAAGUGGAAGAUUUGUACCGUGACAAAGAUUUGGAUGCAGCAUUGGAUUCCUUUGACAAUCUCUUCUGUCGACGAUGUCUAGUGUUUGAUUGCAAGCUACACGGGUGUUCUCAAGAUUUAGUAUUUCCUACAGAAAAACAUACAGCUUGGAGUGGCGUUGAUGAUGGUGUACCCUGUGGUAUUCAUUGCUAUAAACUGGCCUCUGAACCAGAUUCUGUAGCUGGAGUUGAUCACAUGCUUAUUGAUGUUGAGGAGCCAGCUCACUCAUCAGACAAUGUGAUGAACCAGCCAGGCCCAAAUAGGAAAAAGAACUGCUCCAGUGGAAGGAAAACUAAAUCUCAACAAAGUGAAAGCUCUUCAACUGCAAGGGUUAUCUCAGAAAGCAGUGACUCAGAAGUACAUCCAAUAAGCAAUAAAUCUCCACAACACUCCCCUAGUCCCUCAAAAGUUAAAAUUGGGCCGAAAGGUGGAAUCAGAAAGAUUACCAAUAGACGAAUUGCCAAGAGAAUUCUCAUGAGUGUGAAGAAAGGACAAAGGGAAAUGGCAUCAUCUGAUUCUAAUUCUGUUAGUGGAUCCUCUUUGGCAAGGGACAUGAAGCUUAGAUCUGAUACACGAAAUGGAAAUAAGGAAUUAAUUGUAUCCUCACAACAGAGUUCUCCAAGCACAAGAAUUUCCAAAAAGAAGAGUACACCUCAAAUUGGGAAUAACUCAGCUUCUGCUGAAGUUCAUAAUGAUUCAACGGAAGCAAAUAACCGUCAUUCAGCAACAGAUGGUUACGAUAGUUCAAGGAAAGAAGAAUUCGUCGAUGAGAAUAUAUGCAAGCAGGAGGGUUACUUGAGAUCCUGGAAGGCAAUUGAGCAGGGACUUCUGGUGAAAGGAUUAGAGAUUUUUGGAAGGGACAGUUGUUUAAUUGCUCGGAACCUUCUUGCUGGAAUGAAGACAUGCAAAGAUGUUUUUCAGUAUAUGAAUUAUAUUGAAAACAGCAGUGCAUCUGGAGCUCUUAGUGGUGUCGAUUCUCUUGUUAAAGGAUAUAUUAAGGGUACUGAGUUGCGCACAAGGUCAAGGUAUUUUAGAAGGCGAGGUAAAGUCCGUCGUUUGAAGUACACCUGGAAAUCUGCAGGUUACCAUUUCAUAAGGAAAAGGAUUACCGAAAGGAAGGAUCAGCCUUGUCGACAAUAUAAUCCUUGUGGUUGUCAAUCUGCAUGUGGAAAGCAGUGUCCAUGUCUUACAAAUGGGACAUGCUGUGAGAAAUACUGCGGGUGUCCAAAAAUUUGCAAGAACCGUUUUCGAGGAUGUCACUGUGCAAAGAGCCAGUGUCGCAGCCGCCAAUGUCCAUGUUUUGCUGCUGACAGGGAAUGCGAUCCGGAUGUUUGCAGAAACUGCUGGGUUGGGUGUGGUGAUGGUACAUUGGGAGUUCCAAACCAGAGAGGAGAUAAUUAUGAAUGCAGGAACAUGAAACUGCUUCUUAAACAACAACAAAGGGUCUUACUUGGAAGAUCAGAUGUCUCUGGCUGGGGAGCAUUCCUCAAGAAUAGUGUUAGCAAACAUGAAUAUCUUGGUGAGUAUACUGGGGAACUAAUCUCACACAAAGAAGCAGAUAAGCGUGGAAAGAUAUACGAUCGUGAGAACUCAUCGUUUCUUUUCAACCUGAACAAUGAGUAUGUUCUUGAUGCAUACAGAAUGGGUGACAAGCUGAAAUUUGCCAACCAUGCCCCUGACCCGAAUUGCUAUGCCAAGGUUAUCAUGGUAGCUGGUGAUCAUAGAGUGGGCAUAUUCGCCAAAGAAAGAAUCCUCGCUGGCGAAGAGUUAUUCUAUGAUUACCGCUAUGAGCCUGACAGAGCCCCUGCUUGGGCCCGGAAGCCUGAGGCUUCGGGAGGAAAGGAUGAUGGGCAACCGUCCAAUGGGCGUGCAAAGAAGCUCGCCCAAAACACCAGAGGCUGA